AUGAAUGAAAUUGAAAUAGCUGCUACAUUACAUGUACAAUACCGGGCGCCGCAUCCUUGCAUUCUAUCAUACUACACCAAAAUGGCCACAGCGGUACAGAACCACCUCAAAUCGCAAUCUGGAGGUGCAGUCAUCAAGAACAGUCUUGGGGAAGAGUUCUACAAGGAGGCCAUUGAACACUGCCGCAGCUACAAUGCCCGUCUGUGUGCCGAACGCUCCAUGCGUCUCCCCUUCCUGGAUUCCCAGACAGGCGUGGCCCAGAGCAACUGUUACAUCUGGAUGGAGAAGAACCACCGUGGACCAGGUCAUGCACCAGGUCAGUUGUACACAUAUCCCGCUAGGUGUUGGCGCAAGAAGAGGCGGUUAAAUAUUCUGGAGGACCCGCGGCUUGUACCGAUUGAGUUCAAAAUUGACUAUGAAGCCUCCCUAAAGAAGGAGGGCGGUAUUCCAGAUGGUCCUGUGUUGGAGUCGCUGCUUGCCGGGGAUGCGCUGGACAAGAAGGUAGAAACGAAAGAGGAGGAGCCCAUGAGCGAGUGUCAGAAAUUGCUUGUCGGAGAUUUCCCUCACGAGCUAGAUGUGGACGAGAUGGAAGAAGAUGUUCCGAAGCGCAAGAACCGUACCAAAGCACGGGCCUAUGGGGUUGGUGGCAUGAGAAAGCGACAAGAGCCACCUGCUAUAGAAGACAGAGACAAGCCUUAUGUCUGUGACAUAUGUGGAAAGCGCUACAAGAACCGCCCAGGGCUGAGUUACCAUUACACUCACACACAUCUGGCAGACGAAGAGGGCGAGGAAGACUCAGAGAGGCACACACUCCCCUUCCAGCGCAAAAAUAACCACAAGCCCAAGAAAGCAGCAGAUGGCUCGGUCAUCGCCAAUGGAUACUGCGACUUUUGCCUUGGAGGCUCAAAGAAGACUGGCUGUCCCGAGGACCUUAUUUCCUGUGCUGACUGUGGACGCUCAGGCCACCCGUCCUGUCUGCAGUUCACAGUGAACAUGACAGCUGCAGUGAGGACUUAUCGCUGGCAGUGCAUCGAGUGCAAGUCCUGCAGCCUGUGUGGCACCUCUGAGAAUGACGUGCAUCUCCAAGACACUCCUUCAACUGCACCGGACCGCUCACCUUGGCGGAGACCGGUCUGCCAACCAAAUUGGCAAACACGUACCACGAGCCUAGCGCCGAUACGAAAAUCAGGAUCUGCCGUCAUCUGCGCCAUGGCGCAGGAUCAACUGUUGUUUUGUGACGAUUGUGACAGAGGUUACCACAUGUACUGCCUGAGCCCUCCUAUGUCUGAACCUCCUGAAGGAAGCUGGAGUUGUCAUCUGUGUUUGAGACAACUGAAGGAGAAGGCCUCAGCCUACAUCACCCUCAAUUAAUUAAUCUGGAGAGCUAGCUUUACGUGCCUCAUCCUUUUGGCCCUUCAUCCCGUCCGUCCCAAACAUUCCCUCCGUCGCCCUCUGUCUGUCCGUGCUUGGGUUGCCCUUUCGAGAAGCACCGACGCACCCCCACGUUCCGACCCCUGCGACCUUUGACUCAGCACAGGACCCAGCGACUUCAUCCAAACAUCUCCUGAGGAGAGCUAUGCUGUAACUUCCAACGUCUAUUUGCUGUUCUGCUGUGAAUCGACGACAGAGGCACAUACACACACAAAAACACGUUUUUCUCGUCUGGUGCAGAAGAAUUCAUCAGCUGGCAAUAGGUUUGCUCACGAGACACUCCAAUCUGCCAAGGGCACUUUGGAAGAAUUCUACUCCAUUGGUGCCCCCUUAAGGGCCCUCAGAAGAGCCCUAAUGAUCUUUGGCUGCAACUCA